AUGAACGAACGAUCAAGUAAAGUUUCAGAAACUAUCGAUCAAGCAGUGCACAGUUUAUUUCUGACACUUUCUUCUUCAUAUGGACCAAAAGGAAUGGAUAAAAUGUUAAUUCAAGGAAAGAACACUGUCAUUACUAACGAUGGUGCAACCAUAAUGGGUUUUUAUAAAACUCAUCCUAUCCAUAAAAUACUCAGUAACGUGAGUAUAACACAGGAUACAAACUGUGGUGAUGGAACCACAUCUGUAGUACUUCUAAUAGGCUGUCUCAUGGAGCAAGUAAAGAAGAUGAAGGAUGCACAGAUUCAUCCUUCAAAAAUAGUAAAUGCCUUAGGAAAUUGUAAAGAAAUUGGCAAUGAAGUACAUUGA